AUGGCGGCUCAAAACCCCACCCACACUCCCAUUUCCCGAAAGAGAGCAGCUCCCGGCUCCUCACCCGCUGUACAAAAUGCCCCGACGCCUCAACAGUACCCUACUUCCAACCCUCCUAUGUCCGAGUCGGAUGCAAAUUUCCUCCUCCGCAGCCAGGCAGGAAAGAAUAAUUUUACGUACCAAGAUCCACUGGGAUAUAAUAUGACGUACGGCGCAAAUAAUGGAUUGUCCCAAGGAUCAUCAUACGAUCAGUCAGUCUCAGUGCCAGCACCCUCAACACAACUCGCGCGCAGACCCAUCAACCGGCAACUGGUCUCAACAGGACCACGACCAACCUUCGACGUGACGGGUGAUCAGUGGAAUCAGUUUGGCGCAGAGGACUCGAUGGCCGAAACCCCUGGCAUGGAAGAGAAUGACAACAUUGAGCUGUUGGAAGAGAAGGCCAAUGUUGCAAAGAGGGAUGCGCAGGGAAAGCGGAAACAGAUCCCGCCGUUUGUGCAAAAGUUAAGCAGUUUCCUUGACAAGUCAGAGAAUACAGACCUCAUACGCUGGUCGGAUCGGGGUGAUUCGUUUAUUGUGGUGGACGAGGACGAGUUUGCUAAGACCUUGAUACCCGAGCUGUUCAAACACAACAACUAUGCGUCGUUUGUCCGACAAUUGAACAUGUAUGGUUUUCACAAGCGGGUGGGACUGUCAGAUAAUUCCAUGAAGGCAAGUGAGAGGAAGAACAAGAGUCCUAGCGAGUACUACAAUCCAUACUUCAAACGCGGCCACCCGAAUCUGCUGUGGCUCAUCAACAAGCCGAAGAAUGGGGUGUCGAAAGGAAAAGGGGGUAACAAGAAACUCAAGCUGGAGGAUGGAGAGGCGGAUAGUGAUGAUGAUGGAAGAGAUGGCAUUGAGGAAAUUUACAGGGACAACAUGCCUGGUGCCUCUCGAGCAAUCUCUCAAGCCCCUGAAGCUGGACCGCCGCAGAGACGAGACCUGGCGGUAGUUCACAACCAACUUUCCGAAAUUCAGAAGCAGCAAGGUGCCAUUACCAACGCCUUGACUCGAUUACGGAAAGAUCACAAUGAUCUCCUUCAGCAAGCUGUGGGUUUUCAGACACUGCAUGAUCGCCACGAAAAUUCUAUCAAUGCUAUCCUCACAUUCCUCGCUACAGUCUACAACCGGAGUCUGGAUGGCAAUGUACCACAAAACUUUGCCCAAAUGUUCAACAGCGGAAUACCUCAACAGCCACAAAAUCAAGGCAACGUUGUUGAACUAGCCGAUCCCGCAAACCAACAACAAAACCCAGGAAGCAUGAGUCCCCAACGCCGUCAACAGCGUCUUCUCAUGGCUCCUCCAGGCCGAGCCAACACUCUCUCCCCCAAACCAUCAGCCUCUCCGCAAGCCCAAAAUACUCCCAAAUCCGGCACAGUCGAAGAGCUAUAUGAGCCCACCUCCGACUCACCCCGCAUAAAGGUGGAGCAAACUACUCCUGUCAGCCAACCCCACAAUCUAAUGAUGAACCUCAUAAACAACACCAACGACGCCGCCUCUCAAAACAAUCCGAUCAACGGUUUGGAAUUCCCCGAACUGCUCACGCACUAUGAAAACGCCAACGGCCAAUCCCCACUUACCUCGGAACAACGCAACACCAUGUUAAACCUCAUGGCCAACUCCUCGACAUCAUCCACAAACAACGCUCUCCUGUCCCCCACCCCGCCUCCUCCCCCUUCCCUAGAUGAUAUGGGUUUAACGCAGGCGGAGAUUGAUGAUCUGAUGCUUCUACAGAAUCAACAGGAUGAGAAGCUCGCAGAGGUGCGGCAUGUCCUGCCGGAUAUGGAUGCCAAUUACUUCAACACUGCAGACCCGAACAUAGAUCUUGAUCAAUACCUUGACCCCGGCGCGUUCUACACCGGCAGUUCUCCUGCUGCUGGGCCAUGGGAUGGGACGUUUGGUGGUGUGAAUGGUGAGGUGGAUGGCAUGGAUUUUGGUCUAGAUGGCGCUGCUGAUACGAACGGGAGGAUUGUGGAAACGGUGGUCAAUACGCCGGAGCCAGGAAUUGAGGAUGAUAAGGCGGAUGGCGGGAGUCCGAAUAAGAGGCGGAGGAAAAAUUAA